AUACAAAUCAAGCGGCUACACAAGUUUUAUUUCGUGUUUCAGUGCGUCAUCAUACUUUAAGGAUAGGAUGUGUGGAAGAGCUGAUGUAAAAAUUAUGUGACGUCGACGGAUCGGAUGAGGUCAAGGCCAUGUAUUUGAGGCCAUGAACGCUGCCAGAGCGCUGCUGUUAGUGCUCAUGUUUCUGUUCGCAGCACAGGUGCUUUCGUUCUCUUUUGCCAGCUUGUUCGGUUUACCAGAAAGUCCAACAAGCAAGCCGACAGAGACUGCCAGUCCCCGAUCUAAAAUUAAGAGUACAAAUCCAGUCGCACCAAAAAAAAGCACAAAUUUGAGAGACGAUUCGACCAAAAGACAGUCAAACGACGAGAAGUCAACUCAGCCAGGGUACCAACAGCAGAAAGGGAACAAGAACAAUGGUCCGAGAGACGACAGGGGAAGUGCCAGACACGGCAAUGACAGGGUUGUUCGAAAGACGGAAGAUGAUGAAUGGGUGAAUGAGGAGCGUAAUGACGAGAUACUUAGGCGGGACAAAGUUGUAGAGCGGGGUAGAGAGGCCCAACAAAGUGUAGAGCGAGGCAGAGAGGCGCAACAAAGCAGUGAUAAUACAGAGAGACGAAAAUCCCCGGCUGGUGAGUUCUAG